GUCCAUUUUCAUUUUCCCCAGUCGAAUUUAACAAUUUUUCUAUUUGUUGCAAUUCUGCAAAAAAUCCAAAAAAAUAGAAAACACAAAUCAAUAUCAUGAAAUAAUAAAAAUUCGAAGUUAAUAAAUAAAUUGCGGCACGUCGAUUUUAAGUACGAAUGCGUGUUUAGCUGCAAUUAUUCGUACAAGCAAAGGGGCGGGAGUAUUCUCCAAUAUAAAGUUUUCCAUCUGCCUUGUAAAAACGAUAAUACAGAGGCUAAAUUGAUAAGUACGAUUAAUCAACAUUCAUCCUGCUUAUUGUYAUUUUCCAAUUGGAUUGUAAAAGGGACAUUCAGGAAGUGUGCAGUGUGCCGUGUCGUCAAUUGUGGUUUUGUCAAGCGAUCGGUUACCAAACGCAGGCAGCUUUUGAUAGCUCUCAAGGUACUGCUUUGCCGACUAAAGAAAUGUGCGAUUCAGAUGACAGCAAAGUACAAAAGUGGACAUGCGAUUAUUGCACCUAUGAAAACUUUCCCUCGUCGCUUAAAUGCACAAUGUGUAAAGGUGCAAAACCACUGUUGAAUGAGGAUAUCUUUCGAUUAAGUCCUCCCCAAACUGCCUUUGGUGGUGAAGAGGAGCGUGGCGCCACUGCUGAUGUGGUGGAAGCUUCUAGCCUUAACGCUUGUUAUACACAAUCGCGGCAAGAUGUACCCUCAACAACUCCCGCUCCGGCCUCUCCAUCUGUUUGCGCUAAAUGGGCCUGCAAGAUGUGCACCUACCUAAACUGGCCACGAAGUUUGCGAUGUGUACAAUGUUGCACCAAGCGUGGCACAGCUGUUGAUGUUAAUAUCGAACAAACUAUUUGUAACGCCGGUGAGGCGGCAGCAGUUUCAUUACCUGCUAGUGAAAAUCUGGACGCGAUUGAUGGUCCGCAAAGUUAUAUGGAAAAAAGAUCAAAAACCGUGGAUGUCGUCAACGAAACACCAGCAGCAAUAAUUACCACGAACUCAUCGGCAAAUUUGUCGAGUAACCUUAAAGAACAGUUAAAAUCAUUACGUAUCACUAAUGAUAUGGAAUUGAAUACUAGUAAUAACGCGGAAUCGAAUAAAAACGAAGCAAGCAGUCACACCGACCAAAACCUUAAAAAAGCUAGUAAUAGUUAUAUUCAAUCCGUGGGUGCCGCUUCAAAUMGACUUAGUCCAUUUGAACACUCGUCUAAUGCCAAUAUGAUUGUGGCGACAAAUACCACAACGGUUARUACAACACACUUAAAUAAUCUUGCAAAUUCGUCGCAGCAACAACAACAGCACAAUCAGUCGUCCACAUCUCUGCAGAACUGUUAUGUAGCCAAAUGGGCCUGUAAUACGUGUACUUAUGAAAAUUGGCCAAAAAGUCUUAAAUGUUCUAUGUGCGGGGAGCCACGUGAUGGAAAUGCAACCUGCAUAGCUUCCUUGGGUGACAACAACGCCAUCACAGCAACAUCCGGCUCGGGAUGCAACAAAUUCCUCAACAUAAAAGAUGAAAACCAUGACAUGACUGUGUCAACGAAUAAUUCAUUCAACAAAAAACAUAUUUACCAACUAGGUUCUUCUGAGACUAUAAACAACUGUGAUACGGUGCAAGAGCGUCAAGAACGGCGUACCCGACAAAUAAGACGACAAGUUGAUUGGCAGUGGUUAAAUGCUUGCCUCGGUGUUGUGGAAAACAAUUAUAGCGCUGUAGAGGCGUAUUUGUCUUGUGGCGGCAAUCCUGCACGUGCUUUAACGGCGACUGAAAUCGCUAUAUUGAAUCGUAACUCGGCGUUUGACGUCGGUCACACACUGAUUCAUUUGGCAAUACGUUUUCAUCGCGAAGAAAUGUUGCCCAUGUUGCUUGCACAGAUCUCAGGCUCCGGGCCUGGCAUUAAACGCGUACCUUCAUAUGUUGCACCGGACUUGGCSGCUGAUAUACGAAGGCAUUUUGCUAAUACGCUACGCAUGCGUAAAACUUCUUUUAAUUGCUUGUAUGUGCAAGAGCAUGCGACAUUCGCUUUGCCAGCYGAGAUAGAAGAGUUGCCAAUACAAAUUCAGGAGCAGUUGUAUGAUGAAUUGUUAGAUCGCGAUGCCCAAAAGCAACUUGAAAACCCUCCACCCGCACUCAAUUGGUCGCUGGAAAUUACAGCACGUUUGGGCUCACGGUUAUUAGUGUURUGGAAUCGUAGCGCUGGCGAUUGCCUAUUAGACUCGGCAAUGCAGGCAACUUGGGGUGUAUUUGACCGCGACAAUACGCUGCGUCGAGCCUUGGCAGAUACCUUGCAUCAAUGUGGUCCCAUCUUUUAUCCACGCUGGAAGGAGUAUGAAAAGUGGCAGGCAUCAAUGUUACACUUUACAUUGGAAGACGCCCAAUGGCAAGAAGACUGGAGUAAUUUGCUGUCGUUGGCCAGUCAACCGGGCUCAUCUUUGGAACAGUUACAUAUAUUUGCUUUAGCUCAUAUAUUGCGACGACCAAUCAUAGUUUACGGUGUAAAAUAUGUCAAAAGCUUUCGUGGUGAGGACAUCGGCUAUGCGAGAUUUGAAGGACUUUACUUGCCGUUAUUUUGGGAUCAAAAUUUCUGCAUAAAAUCACCCAUUGCACUCGGUUAUACGCGUGGACAUUUCAGUGCUUUAGUGCCGAUGGAGCCAUUUGCCCGCAUCGAUCCACGUAGAGAUGAACCAGAGGAUGUGCGUUAUCUGCCAUUAAUGGAUUGUGAAUCAAAACUUUUUCCAAUACACUUUCUAACUCAGGCUGAGAUGGGCCGCGAAGAGGCUAUAAUGCGACAAUGGUUGGAUGUGUGUGUUACAGAUGGCGGCUUACUAGUGGCACAACAGAAAAUUCGUAAACGUCCUCUGUUAGUAGCACAAAUGCUGGAAGAAUGGUUGAAUCACUAUCGAAGAAUCGCUCAAGUCAUAACAGCGCCUUUUGUGCGAAGACCUCAACAAACCGGCUACUCAAGUGAGGGUGAUUCCGACGAAGAAUAGGCACGAGCGCAAACUAGUUGCAGUUCUUGGAGACAACUUGCUCGACGGUGACAUUAAGCUAAUAAGCACGAUAUAAAGUGGUAGUGUAUACUUCAUAAAAGAAUCCCAAAACAUAAACUGAAUACAUAUAUACAAUUAUUAAAAUUGAGUAACUAAAAGUAUGAAUACCUAGAUAACUAA